AUGCAAAUCACGUUCAUUCUAUCGACGAUACUUCUAUCGCUUCUAUCGCUAGCGGUAGCCAAGAAGGAUUUCUACCAGAUUCUAGGCGUGUCCAAGCUGGCGCUGGACAAGGAGAUCAAACAAGCAUACCGUCAACUCACAUUGAAGUACCACCCCGAUAAGAACCCGGGCGACGAAGAGGCCCACGACAAGUUUAUCGAGAUUGGCGAGGCGUACGAAGUGUUGAGUGACGAGACCAAGCGAUCCAACUUCGACAAAUACGGCGACGCCAACGGCCCCGGCAACGGUGGCGGACACGGAUUCGACUUUGGCGACAUGUUUGGCCAAUUCUUUGGCGGACACCAUCAGCAGCAACAGCAGCAGCAGGUGAAAAAGGGCGCCAACACCCAGAUCGAGUUGCAUUUGUCGUUGAAAGACUUCUACACGGGCAAAGACGUGCCCUUUGACGUGGUGAUGUCCAACGACUGCGAGGCGUGUCUGGGGACGGGCUCGCUGGACCGCAAACGACACACAUGUGAAAAAUGUCGAGGCACGGGCCAGAUCACGGUGCAUCAUCAAUUAGCUCCCGGUUUCGCGCAGCAGAUCCGCAUGGUGUGCGAUGCAUGUGGAGGUUUGGGCAAGACGGUGACGUCGCCGUGUAAAUCUUGCGCGGGCGCGGGGGCCGUUCGCGGGCCCAGGCAUUACGAAGCAAAUGUCCACCCGGGCCAGCCUAGAGAUAGCCACAUUACGAAACAAGGCGAAGGAGAUCGAAAUCCGCAAUGGGUCCCGGGCGACUUGAUCAUUAUAUUCCGCGAAAAGUUUGAGCAAAGUUGGGGCUAUAGGAGAAUCGGCGACAAUUUGUACCGGACCGAGGUGUUACUGUUGAAAGAGUCGUUGAAUGGCGCAUGGGUGAGACGUAUUCCGUUUUUUGGCGAUGGGGAUGACGACGAUGAUGAGCAUCAUGAGAUUGUGUUGCAGCGGGCCGCGGGGGUCAGUGUUUUGGAUGGCGAAGUUGAGGUUUUGAGGGGCAAAGGUAUGCCCAUCAUGACCGAUCAUGACGAGGAGGAAAAAUAUGGUGAUUUGUUUGUGGAGUAUAGAGUUGUUAUCCCUGGUGGUGCUGAAGCUGGCAAGAAGAAGAAGGAAGUAGCAAAGGAUGAAUUAUAG